AUGCUCACAAAGAGCUCACUGCUUCUCGCCGUUGCGGCCGGCACCGCUGUCGCCGCACCUGCUCCCUCUUCUUCGACCUCCUCUUCCUCGCCCGCGGCCUCCGCUUCCACUCUUCCCGGCGUCCUCACCUCCGAGGGCUUCACGUCCCAGCAGUGGCUCCAAGGAUUCGAGAAGGCUCAGCAGGUCGUCGCCGGCCUCUCCUUCGAACAAAAGGUCAACUUCACCGACCUCCGCGGCGACACCAACGGCUGCUCGGGCUUGACCUUCCCCAUCCCGAGCGCCGGCAUCAAUGAAGGCAUCUGCUUCGCCGACGGACCCACGGGCAUCAACUCGCGCUACUCGACCCAGUUCCCGGCCGAGGUCACCACCGCCGCGACAUGGGAUCGCGACCUCUUCCACGCUCGCGCGUCGAGCCUCGCCAAGGAGUACGCCAAGAUCGGAGCGAACGUACCCCUCUCCAUCGUCGUUGGUCCGGCUGGAAGGUCGCCUUACGGCGGACGCAACUGGGAGGGCUUCUCGGCGGAGCCGUACCUCGCCGGCGAGGCUGUUCGCACGACAGUCACGGGCUUCCAGGACGAAGGCGUUACGGCCCUCGUCAAGCACUUCUACGGCAACGAGCAGGAGUGGCUCCGUCUCGGCGCGCCGCAGGGCGGGUACUUCUUCAACUACCCGAAUCAGACCAUCGACUCGGUCAUUGACCAGGCCACCGCGAGGGAACUCUACGUGUCUCCCUUUGCCGAGGCGAUCCGCGCUGGUGCGGGCGCUAUCAUGUGUUCGUAUAAUAAAGUCGACGGCACCUUCGCGUGCGAGAACAAGGAGGUCCUGAUCGACUUGCUCAAGGAGGAGCUUGCCUUCCCUGGCUUUGUCCUGAGCGACUGGGGAGCAGGACACACCACGCUCGGCUCGGCGCUCAACGGAACCGACUACGUCGAGGCGGGAAGCGUCAAGGGCAACAUUUAUGGCUCGUUCCUCGGCGAGGCUGUCAAGAACGGCAGCGUUCCCGAGGCCCUGCUCGACGACAAGAUUGUCCGCAUGUUGACGCCCUACUUCGCUCUCAAGCAGAGCUCGCUCCCCGCGAUCGACUUCAACCGCUACGUCGCCAACAAGGAUUCGGCUUCUGUCGCGCGCAAGAUUGCGGAAGAGUCAAUCACGCUCCUCAAGAACUCGAACCAGACCGGCCGUGGGUUGCCGCUCAAGAACUUGCAGGAUCUCAUUCUCGUCGGAAGCGCUGCUGCUCCCGCGCACUACGGCAUCCUCAACAACCUCAACAGCAUCACCUACUACGUUCCCAAGAGCGACUACACCGGCUUCGUCUCGGACGGCUUUGGCUCGGGCGGCAGUCCCCAGCCUUACGCGAAGGACCCGCUCUCGGCGUUCACGGCGCGCGGGCAGCAGGAGGAGCGUCCGGUCGCCGUCGAUGGCUACUUUGUCGACGACCCCGAGGCGGGCUUCAUCCAGACUCCCUUCGGCCAGAACAUCUCGUACCUCGAGUCGAAGCUCGCCUACUCGAACGCGACGCUCGUUUUCACCAACGCCAUCGCCAUGGAAGGCUUCGACCGCACGACCUUGAGCCUCGCCAACAACGGCGACAACCUCAUCAGGUAUGUCGCUGACCGCCACGACAACACCAUCGUCGUCAUCUCCGCCCCUGGACCCGUCGACAUGUCCAAAUGGAUCAAGCACGAGAACGUCACGGCAGUUCUCAUGACCUACUACAGUGGUCAGGAGGGCGGAGCAGCGAUGGCAAACGUUGCGUUUGGCGAUGUCAACCCUUCAGGCAAGCUCCCCUUCACUAUCGCCAAGAACGUCAGCGACUACGACCAAGGCGCGAUCUACAACGGCAGCGUCAAACUCAACCCCGUCGCCAACUUCUCCGAGGGCGUCUUUGUCGACUACAAGUGGUUCGACAAGAAGGGCAUCGAGCCGCUCUUCGAAUUCGGCUACGGCAAGUCGUACACGACUUUCAACGUCUCCGGUCUCUCGCUUUCCCAGAACAAGACGGCCAACCCGCCCGCCAUCCGCGAGACGAAGGAGAAGUUCUUCAUCAACGGCAAGCAGGCUUCGGGCUUGUACGAUUACGUCUACACCGUCAAGGCGACUGUCAAGAACACCGGCUCGGUAGACGGUGCCGAGGUUGCCCAGCUCUACCUCACUUUCCCAGACUCGACGCCCAACAAGAUGCCCGUCCACAACCUCCGUGGCUUCGCCAAGCCGUACCUCAAGGCGGGCGAAUCGCAAGAGGUCGAGUUCAACCUGCGCAACAAGGACCUCGUCGUCUGGUCGGUCGAGAAGAAGGGCUGGGUCAUGCCGUCGGGCGAGUUCAAGGUCAGCGUCGGCACAAGCAGUCGGAACCUCCCGCUCUCGAAGACGUUCUCGUACUAG